ACAGCAACAAGAGCCACCUCAAAAGCAAAGAAGCCAUCGCUGAAGUGUAGACGUUGUUGAUCAUCUGAGAUUUUCCGUUUUUUUUUAACCUUAAUUCACACUUAAUAUUCUGAUCUUGAAGUUCGUUUUAAAAUUUGUUGCGUUUUGUGCCACAGUAGAUCUCAUGAUGGGAGGCUGUGCGUUAGUCGUGUGUUUACUUUUGGGAAUAGGUGUGCAGAACGGAUGGAGCCUUCCUGUCAAGUCGGUCUUUGUCACCUUCCCAGGAGAAGUUGUCAAAAACAUGACAGAUACAGAGCUGGCAGAAAGUUAUCUAAAGAAAUUUGGCUACAUGGAGACAGAGCUCCGCAGUGGCUUCCAGUCCAUGGUGUCCACAUCCAAAGCACUGAAGAAGAUGCAGAGGCAGAUGGGUCUGGAGGAAACUGGAGAGCUGGAUAAACCAACACUGGAGGCCAUGAAGCAUCCUCGCUGUGGUGUUCCUGACGUGGCCAAUUAUAAAACAUUUGAUGGGGACCUCAAAUGGAGCCAUAAUGAUGUUACAUACAGAAUCCUGAACUAUUCUCCUGACAUGGACAGCUCCCUGAUUGAUGAUGCCUUUGCAAGAGCCUUCAAGGUGUGGAGUGAUGUCACUCCUCUGACGUUUACUCGCCUCUUUCAAGGCACUGCUGACAUCAUGAUAUCAUUUGGAAAAGCUGACCACGGGGAUCCAUACCCUUUUGACGGUAAGGAUGGCCUCCUAGCUCACGCCUAUCCUCCUGGUGAGGGUAUGCAGGGUGAUGCCCACUUUGAUGAUGAUGAGUACUGGACUCUGGGGAAAGGAGCAGUGGUGAAGACUCGCUUUGGUAAUGCAGAAGGUGCCAACUGCCACUUCCCCUUCACUUUUGAGGGAAAAUCCUAUACCAGCUGCACCACUGAAGGUCGCACAGACAAUCUGCCAUGGUGUGCAACCACAGCAGACUACAACAAAGACAAGAAAUACGGCUUUUGCCCAAGUGAACUUCUGUACACAUUUGAUGGAAAUGCGGAUGGAGCUCCUUGUGUUUUCCCCUUCACCUUCCUGGGCGACGAGUAUGACAGCUGCACAACAGAAGGCCGCAGAGAUGGAUACCGUUGGUGUGCCACCACAAGCAACUUUGACAAGGAUAAGAAAUAUGGCUUCUGUCCGAGCCGUGACACUGCUGUAAUUGGAGGAAACUCUGAAGGAGAGCCCUGCCACUUUCCCUUUGUGUUUCUGGGCAAGGAGUAUGACUCCUGUACAAGCGAGGGGAGAGGAGACGGCAAAUUGUGGUGUGGCACUACUGACAACUAUGAUGAAGACAAGAAAUGGGGCUUCUGUCCUGACCAGGGUUAUAGUCUUUUCCUGGUGGCUGCCCACGAGUUUGGACAUGCCCUCGGCUUGGAUCACUCCAACAUUAGAGACGCUCUCAUGUACCCCAUGUACAGCUAUGUGGAAAACUUUUCUCUGCAUAAAGAUGACAUUGAAGGCAUUCAGUAUCUCUAUGGAAGUAGAACAGGCCCUGAUCCCACCCCCCCUCAACCUGACACGCCUACCACGACUCCUUACCCUGAUGAGACUGAUGAGACUGACGAGACUGAUGCCACAGAAGAACCAUCCAUCAUGACCACCCCAUCCACAGUAGAUCCGACCCAAGACGCCUGCAAGCACAUCAAGUUUGACACCAUUACUGUGAUUCAGGGACAUCUGCAUUUCUUCAAAGAUGGACAAUUCUGGAAGGUACCAAACAGGGGCGACGGAGGCCAGCAGGGGCCAUUUUCCAUUUCUGAGAGUUGGCCAGCUCUACCAACUGUAAUUGAUUCUGCGUUCGAGGAUGUUCCAACCAAAAAAUUGUACUUCUUUUCUGGAAGCAGGUUCUGGGUGUAUACAGGAAACAGUGUGCUGGGUCCUCGCAGCAUUGAGAAGCUUGGUUUGCCCUCAAGUGUGCAGAAGGUGGAGGGAGCUCUGCAAAGGGGGAAGAGCAAAGUACUGCUCUUCAAUGGAGAAGACUUCUGGAGGUUGGAUCUGAAGACCCAAACAGUUGACAAAGGCUACCCCAAAAAUACCGGUGAUGUCUUUGGAGGUGUCCCUCAUGAUGCUCAUGAUGUGUUUCAGUACAAAGGCCACAUUUACUUCUGCAGAGAUCGCUUCUACUGGCGCAUGAAUUCUCGUAGGCAGGUGGACCGCGUAGGCUACGUGAAAUAUGACCUCCUGAAAUGCGCAGAUCCCUCAAGAAAUCGCUAUUAAGAUACAUGCACAGAUGGGUAUAAGGUUGUGGCAACCAACUGUUUCUCUGUGCAGGUGUCAGUAAGAAUGUGAUGCAAUGUUUGCGUAUCAUGCCUGUUUUAUGAUGUUUGUUCUCUCUGCGACAUGAACAACUGACCCGGAAUGAAUUUGGCUAAUUAUCACUCAUACAGCAUUGACCUGAAUAACAGUCAAAGAACCAGAACAGGAAAGCAAAUGUUUCAUCUUUUGCACUGCCCUACCCUAAGUCUGAUAUUCUGAGAGCUGAUGGCCAAUAGGGCCUAAAAUUUGAGACCCAUACAAGUAACUUAAACACAUGUUAUCUGGAUAAAGAUCCAGACUUGCAGAUUAAAUUUUAUGUCUGACUGGUUCAGACCCUUGACAGUAUUGGAUUAUUUUUGGUAUUUAUAACAGUAUAUUAUGUUUUUAUUUUAAUGUCACAAGCCUAUUUGUUCUGUGUGGUUUUAUGUGUUUUUUCUGAAAAUGGUUUUAAAGCCGAAUACUUGCACUGGAAGACGUUUUGUGUCUCCUUCAUUGAAAUUAUUUAUAAAACUAAUAAUUUUGUAUAAAUAUUCCAGCUUUCAAUGCAAUAAACUUUC